CGCUCAGGGGCAAAUCUGGCAUUCCCUCACCCCGUCCCACCCUCUCCUUUUUAUUUCUCUCUCUCUCUCUUCCUCCCUUCACUUUCAUUUCUCCCCUCUCUGCUUGAAACGACGAGAAGGAAUAUAAAAAAAAGAACAAAAAAUCGAACCCCUCUCUCUUUCAGACCUUUUAUCGAACAGGUCAUCUGCAAGCCGAAGCCCGGGGGGAGAGUAAAGGAGUUUCCCGGCGGCGAUUUGUUCUGUUUUCUUCUUCCGCCCUCUCCCAGCGGGGAAGAGGCCUGGAAUUCGCGUACGGGCGGGGUUUCUGCUGGUUGGCUUCUGCUCAUUGAGGCCUGCGUACAGGAUACAGAGGAAGGAGGCAGCGGCCGGGAUUUGGUUCUUUCCACGAUGUGACGACUUUGUUGCUCUGAGAUUGGGGGGGUUUUCGAUUUUAUUUCGCGAAGAUGGGGAAGUUGGCGGUGGGAGUAGCGGUGGGGGUGGCGGUGGCGACUUGUGCGGUGGCCGGAGUGGUGGUGGGAAGGAGAUUGAGGAGUCGAAGGAAGUGGAGGAGAGUGGUGGGAGUGUUGAGGGAGUUGGAAGAAUCGUGCGAGACGCCGGUAGGGAGGCUGAAGCAGGUGGUGGAUGCUAUGGCCGUGGAGAUGCAUGCUGGAUUGGCCUCCGAAGGAGGGUCCAAGCUGAAAAUGUUGCUCACUUUCGUUGACCGUUUGCCUAAUGGGAGUGAAAUAGGAACUUAUUAUGCUCUAGAUCUUGGCGGUACUAAUUUUAGGGUAUUGCGGGUUCAGCUAGGAGGUACAAGGUCCUCGAUAUUGUCGAAAGAUGUAAAAAGGCAGCGCAUUCCUCAGCACUUGAUGACCAGCACAAGUGAGGACCUCUUUGAUUUCAUUACAUCAAAACUGAAACAGUUUGUUGAACAAGAAGAAACUGUAUCUGAAGCUGCUCAAUCUAGGACCAGGGAGCUAGGGUUCACAUUCUCUUUUCCAGUUAAACAGAUUUCUAUUCGUUCUGGCUUCCUGAUACGGUGGACCAAAGGGUUUGCUAUUGAAGAUAUGAUUGGAUGCGAAAUUAUUGAACGUUUACAAGCAGCAUUGAUGAAGAAAGGUUUAGAUAUGUGUGCGACUGUAUUGGUGAAUGAUACUGUUGGAAUCUUAGCCCUUGGACACUAUUAUGAUGCAGACACUGUCGCUGCUGUUAAAAUUGGAACAGGCACCAAUGCCUGUUACAUGGAGAGGGCAGAUGCAAUCAUCAAAUGCCAAGGACUCCUUACAUCUUCCGGAGCCAUGGUGGUCAACAUGGAAUGGGGAAAUUUCUGGUCAUCUCAUUUGCCGAGAACAACUUACGAUAUUGAAAUGGAUAUGGAGAGCCCCAAUCCAAAUGACCAGGGUUUUGAGAAAAUGAUUUCUGGAAUGUAUCUCGGCGACAUCUUCAGAAGAGUACUCCUCAGAAUGUGCGAGGAGUCUGAUGUCUUUGGACCUGUCUCAUCGAAAUUAUUGAUACCUUUCGUGCUAGAAAUGCCUCUCAUGGCGGCCAUGCAUGAAGAUGACACUCCCGACCUGAAGGUAGUAGCUGCCAUCCUAAGAGAAAAGUUAGAGAUCCAAGACGUUCCUCUUAAGGCAAGGAGGCUGGUCGUCAAAGUAUGCGACGUGGUGACUCGGAGAGCUGCUCGGUUGGCAGCUGCCGGCAUUGUGGGAAUACUAAAGAAAAUUGGCCGGGAUGGAACCGGAGGGAUAACUGGCAGCAGAAGUAGAAGCGACGCGAAGAUGAGAAGAACGGUAGUAGCAGUAGAAGGAAGCCUGUACACGAGCUACAUGAUGUUCAGAGAGUACUUACACGAGGCUUUGAAUGAAAUACUGGGCGAAGAUGUGGCGCAGCACGUCGUUCUCAGAACAACGGAGGAUGGAUCGUGUGUCGGGGCAGCUCUCCUUGCUGCGUUACAUUCUUCUUCUUCGUCAUCAUCGGAGGGCCUGCAUCGUCGACGAUAGUGCAGAACUGUGGAUAGCUUGGGUAAGGGUACAGUUGCUAUAAAUAUAUAUAUCAUUCAUAUAAUCAUAUAUAUAUUUAUACGUAUAGCAAUCAGUCAGUCAGUCAGGUAUAGCUGCCUUUCCUCCCCUUGUAAAUGUAGAAAAUUAUUUUGGGAAUCCCUUUUGGUGGUUAUAUAAAUAUAAGAAAGAAGAUGAAGAAAAAAAAAGGUUGGUCUCCAGAAACUCUCGUCUGUUGUAUCUCUUUUGCUCCAUCCCUCUGUCCCUCCAUGUUCACCUUCUGUAAAUUUGGUUUUGGCACUCUGGUAAAAGAAGAAAAAGAAGUUCUACAA